AUGUCCUCAACAGCUCAAUCACAGCUCGACCCUCUUCCUCGAGAUCUACCCUUCGAGAUAAUUUCCAAGACCAUUGGGCGCGGCGCCUAUGCUUCUGUCAAAAAAGGCAGAGUCCCAUCAACGGGGGAGGUUUUUGCUGUCAAGUUCAUCCAUAAAAGAUUUGCCAUCGAGAGGGGUAGAAUCUCACUUCGGCAGAUAAACACCGAGGUUAUGCUGCAUAAACAUUGUGGGGAUCAUCCCAAUCUAAUCCAAUUUUAUGAUUUUGGAGAGGACGACGUAUGGACCUGGAUAGGAAUGGAGUUCGCCUCAGGUGGUGACCUUUUUGACAAGAUUGAACCGGAUGUCGGGGUUUCUGAGGAUAUCGGCCAUUUUUACUUCACCCAGCUUGUUGCGGGGGUGUCUUACAUACAUGGACAAGGUGUAGCACACAGAGACAUCAAGCCGGAAAACAUCCUUCUGGAUAGCCAUGGUAAUCUCAAAAUUGCGGACUUCGGGUUGGCUACACUCUUCGGCUACCAAGGGAAAUAUAAGCUCAACUCUACUGUUUGCGGGUCCCCUCCAUAUGUAGCACCAGAGGUAUUGAACGGACAGUACCGCGCCGAUCAAGUCGAUAUAUGGUCUUGUGCUGUAGUUCUAUUUGUACUACUGGCGGGAAACACUCCAUGGGAUGAACCUACAAGGAUGGCCUGGGAGUUCGAAGAAUUUAGGCGAUCAAAUGGACGACCAAGUUACGAACCAUGGCCUAGUCUUCCUGCAGACGUUUUAUCUUUGUUGAGAGGUAUGAUGAGAAUUGACCCCGUAAAUCGUUUCACUUUCGAAGAGAUUAGACGGCAUCCAUGGUUCACAAGGCCGAAUCCUCACCUCACUGCAGACGGGCUGUGUCAUGAUGGGGUUAAUUUGGCGACACAACUUAUUGAAGGACUUCAUGUAGAUUUUGAUGCCGACACAACUAUAACACCGGAAUCCUUUGCCGCCAGUAAUAUUCCCAAUAGGUUGUCUUCUACGCAGCCAGAGACGUUCAACAAUGAUGCCCAAUUCGAGUGGGAUCGUCCAUGGCAAUCCGCGUCCCAGCCACUCCACACUCGAGAGAAUUUCGACUCUUAUGAUUUCUUGAUAAGUCUUGCUGAGGAUCCAGCAAUGAGCCAAUUUGCGCCUCAACCUCAGCUACCCUUAUCUUUGACCCAAAAUGCCCAAAGAUUUGAGGACAUAUGUCCUUCUCAACGAAUGACCAGAUUUUACUCUUCUUUUUCAUUCCGCCAAAUACUACCUAUCCUAGGAAGCGCGUUACAUCGCUUGGGAGUUGCAGUUCCUCCUUUCAAAAAAAGCGAACUUUCAGAUGGCAACACGGAAACCUGGAUAUCUAUAAAGACAUUUGAUAGUAGAAAAUGUUCAUUGAGAGGCGAGAUUCUAGUAGAAAGAAUCGCACCAAAGGUCCUACAAAUCAGUUUCUCGAAGAGUACUGGGGAUCCGCUGGAGUGGAGAAGGUUCUUUAAGAAAGUGGCUGUGUUGUCGAAAGAAGCUGUUUUUACAGGGCGUAAUUAG